AUGGUCGCAUGUGACUUUGAUUGCAAGUUCACUUUCGUUUUAGCGGGCUGGGAAGGUAGCACGAAUGAUGCUCGUAUAUUUGCUGAAACGUUGACAGACCCCACAAAUAGUUUCCCGUGGCCACCUGAGGGCUAUGCCAAUAUCCCGGGAUUCUUGUCACCUUAUCGUGGCGAUAGGUAUCAUCUCCCGGAGAGGAUUCGGUCAAACCAAACCCCUAAAAAUGCAAGAGAGCUAUUUAAUCGACGCCAUGCGACGGUCCUAAAUGUGGUCGAACGUAGUUUUGGUAUACUCAAAGGUAAGUUUCCUAUUAUGAAAGGCCUAAUGCCCAACUACUCGCCUGACUUCCAGACAGACGUAGUUAUCGCAUGUUUUGUUGCACAUAAUUUCAUCCUUGAACACCAAAAGUUUGCUAACGUACCUCCUGCAAUACAAGACCCAGACUACAUACCAGAACCAGAUGCAGAUGAUCAUACAAGGCCUUUGAGGACAACGUUAGAUACCUCUACUGUUGGCUUAUGUGAACAGUCUGGUUUGCGCGAUUCAAUUGAUGAUGCGUUAUGGGGCGAUCAAGGUGGCAGGCAUCGUUAG